CGGGAGGAAUAUGACGCGCGAGGAAGCGAUGCUCUACUUUAAGGGCUUUUCCUCGUGGAAGCGCACCUUUACAUCGCCACGCUUCUGUGAGUCACUCACUUAAUGUAACUCAAACUCGAAAGGACAGAAAAUGUCGAGUGUGAAGAAGAGAAAUUCGGGGCUCCGCGACGAAGACGAGAACCAGCAGGCGGCGGAGAAGAUGCUCGGGGACGCGUCAGGCUCCGGUGGUCCCGCGGCGGCAGCGGACGGAGAGGAGACGGUGGUGCUGCAGCGCACCAUCACGCUGGUGAACGGUGUGGCCAUCAUCGUGGGCACCAUCAUCGGCUCGGGGAUCUUCGUGACGCCGACCGGCGUGGUGAAGGAGGCGGGCUCGGUGGGUCUGUCGCUGGUGGUGUGGGCGGUGUGCGGCGUGUUCUCCACGGUGGGCGCGCUGUGCUACGCCGAGCUCGGGACCACCAUCACCAAGUCCGGCGGCGACUACGCCUACAUCCUGGAGGUGUACGGCUCGCUGCUCGCUUUCCUCAAGCUCUGGAUCGAACUGCUCAUCAUCAGGCCGUCGUCUCAGUACAUUGUAGCCUACGUCUUCGCCACAUACCUGCUCAAGCCUUUGUUCCCGGUGUGUCCGGUUCCUGAGACCGGCGCCAAGCUAGUCGCAUGCCUGUGCAUCCUGUUGUUGACGGCGGUGAAUUGCUACAGUGUUCGCGCCGCCACCCGAGUCCAGGACGCCUUCGCUGCUGCUAAGCUUCUUGCUCUGGGAAUCAUCAUCAUUAUCGGCUUUGUGCAGAUUGGCAUAGGUGAUACAACGGAACUUGCCCCCGAGAAUGCCUUCAAAGGAACCAACAGUGACUUCGGGAACAUCGGCUUGGCUCUCUACAGCGGCCUUUUUGCAUACGGAGGCUGGAAUUAUUUGAAUUUUGUCACUGAAGAAAUGAUCGAGCCGUACAAAAAUCUGCCACGUGCCAUCAUCAUCUCGCUGCCCAUCGUCACCAUCGUCUACGUGCUGACCAACCUGGCCUACUUCACCACUCUCAGCCCUGAGCAGAUGCUCAGUUCUGAGGCUGUAGCUGUGGAUUUUGGGAACUUUCACUUGGGCCCCAUGGCGUGGAUCAUCCCAGUAUUUGUGGGACUUUCCUGCUUCGGCUCAGUCAACGGCUCGCUGUUCACCUCAUCCAGGUUGUUCUUUGUGGGGUCACGUGAAGGUCAUCUUCCCAGCUUGCUGUCCAUGAUUCACCCGAACCUGCUCACCCCACUGCCCUCACUCCUUUUCACCUGCUUGAUGACGCUCCUCUAUGCCUUUUCCAAUGACAUCUUCUCAGUUAUCAACUUCUUCAGCUUCUUCAACUGGCUCUGCAUCGCCAUGGCGAUCGUCGGAAUGAUGUGGCUGCGCUACAAGAAACCUGAGCUUGAGCGGCCAAUCAAGGUGAACAUCCUGUUGCCUGUGUCCUUUGUUUUGGCGUGUCUCUUCCUGAUCGUGGUGUCCAUCUGGAAAACUCCAGUCGAGUGCGGCAUCGGAUUCGGCAUCAUCGCCACCGGCGUUCCCGUCUACUUAAUUGGCGUCUGGUGGCAGAACAAACCCAAGUGGCUCCAGCAGUUAAUCUUCUCGACCACGGCGGCCUGUCAGAAGGUGUUGGAAGUCGUGCCUCAGGAGUCAUGAGGGGAAAAAAAAUGAUUCUGCACACAAACUAAGACAAAUUUUCAUCUUUUCCCUCUGACCUGUACCUGCUGCAGCCAGGCACGCCCUCCACGAGCUUUCCAAGAGGGUAAACCAUUAUAAAUCGAUGCCUAAAUGGGGGAAAACAAACGACAAGAGACGUCUGAAUGAGUGCAGGAUUCUUUUUUUAAAGUUCCCUCUAACCUUUAUCUGAUUUUAUAUAUUAGUUUGUUUGUUUUUUAUCUACGCUUGAGCUUUGUUUCUCCUUAUUAAUUCCUUUUUUUUAAAUUUCAGACAUUCCUUUCAUCAUUUUAAGUUUAGCGUGGCAUCGUCAGUGUCUACUCGUCAUUUCGGCUACUAAAGCUACUGUAAAAUAUGGCUGUACGAGUGUGUGUGUGUGUGUGUGUGUGUGUGUGUGUGAGUGUGUGUAAGAGCAAUGGUGUGAGUGUAUAGUGGUGAAUUAAGCAUUUCUCUGCAAUUACAGCAUGCGCUGCAAACUCAAACGUUUUUGAACACCCUAAUUUUCCUAGGUUUAAUCACUAUUACAAAACCAAAAGGUACAGAAUGGAAGAAGAUACGAAGCAUGUUAUAUAAUAAUUAUAAUAAACAAAUAAUUCUGAUAAAUUCUAAUAAAUAAAAUAGAUUAUAAUUAGUAACUUAUAUCUCAGUCUCACUCUCAGAUCCUAUUUUAAUAAGAGACUCAAAAGAUACACUAAUGAUUUAAUUUGUGACCGAAAUCUCAAUCUGUUUCCGAUAAAAUAAAAUCACAAACGUUAGCUUGCGUAGGUUUUCUCAUCGGAGUGCUUAAAAGCAGCCCAUGACACGAUGUUUAUUCAAAAUGUUAACAUAAGGUGUUCAAGAAUCUUUGACUGUGAGCGUAGACUAGACAAUUGCAGCUCAUCCGUGUCCGUUUCUUCAUAAGUCGCCUCGUUGUUGGUUGAAUUUUUUUUAUUAUUAUUAUUAUAAUAUUUUACAUAGAGUUAGCUUGCUGUGAGUUAAUCGAAUGCCAUUUACAAAAAUGCACACAGCACUAACAUUAACAAUAGGAAUGUUUUGGAAUCAAACUUUCUCGAUGUGUCUGUGUGAUGUGAUGAGGUGUUUGGAAAUCUGUCUGCACUGGAGUUCUGUCCCUUUCAGAAACUUGAACCGAGACCUUUUGUUUGAAUGCAGGACGAAGUGGUGAAAUUUAUUUUCACAAACAAAAAACAAUAUUGUGCGUUCUCUUGAAAUAAUCCAUACAUUUCUACACUGGUCUUUUUUUUUUCUUUAAAAAAAAAAAAAAAAUUUCCACAUUUGUAUCUUUCUCUACAGCGGAUAUAAAACUACUGCCGUAUAUGACCAUAUAGGAAGGUAAUUUUUUUUUCAUUAGAAUUUAUUUGAUUAUUUAGGGUUACUUUUUUUUUUAGUUAGAUGACAGGGAGGAUUUAGAUUGCUCAUUACAUUCAGCAUGCAGUUACAGAUUACAGAUUUUCAUUUACAUGCAAAAAUAAAAAUAGCCUCCCAUAGCCUUGCUGUCGUAUCAUACCUCGCUGGACUUUUAGGAUUUACAGCAUUUAGCUACAAACUGAUUGUAUAUUUUGUAUGCUAAGACCAUCUGGAUUCAUACGCAUGACAAAUCUCAGAGGUAGGGGCGGCUAGUUGGCGUUGAUGAUUAAUAAAUCAUUAAACGGCCCUAACUCGGGCAUUCUGAACUCUUUCCUUAUGACUCCAAUGCUUAAACCAGUAGCUUUUUGUAAUCAAGUAUGCAGUAAAAUGUUCUAACUCAAAAUCACAUAUUAAUAUAAUUUCCAUAUUUUCCAAAAACUGAUAAAUCACAUAGACCGUUCGUUUUAGCUUGAGAAUUGGUUUAAUUAGUGUUGUUGAUGAUCAAUACUAUUCUAUAAACACUGAACAGAAGCACUCUGUAAAAAUAAAAAGCAAAAAUGAAAAAUCCACCCUAAGUGACUUACAUAUUAAUCCGUAUGAAACUCUUUUUUCAUCUAUUGCAACUUUGGUUAAUGUUGUUUCCUAAAUUACCCACAAUGCCAUUCGACCUCCCGCUGAUAGCGUUUUACGGUGGGAUUUAGCCUUUGCUUCGUUUCUGCCGAAAGACAGCGAUGCAACUGUGCUUUAGUCCUUUAGCUCCAUCACCUCCACAUCUGCUCAAACAGAUCAGCGUCCGAAGCUUCAACGUUCGCACUAAUACCUCCGUCGAUGCCAUCGCGCUCGUCAUCUCGUAGAUCCGAGUCUCUGCCGUAACAUCGUAUAGCUGUGUUGCAUUCUGGGACUUCAGCUUUUGUUCCAAGGUCUCCACGACUUCUACACUGGAUUUCUCAUUAAUAUGAGACAUUGAGCAUCACCAAGAACUAGUCAGAAAAGUAGUUUUGUUUAAAGGAGCUAAUAGCAGAACCUUGAGCUUGUGAUGAAAUUUGUUUCUACACUCGCAAUAACAAUAUAGACACUGUAACAAAAAUAACUAAACAAAUUAGCACUGGUAUCGCUAAACACAUGACAAAUAUUUCAACAUAAACAUGUUGAAUGUGUUUCAGGGUGGAGUUUUUCCUUUAUGUUUUCUAGACAAUAGCACAUAUGUAACAUUUACACUGAGCGCAGCACUGAACCCUGAGGCACUCCUUAAUGCGCUAGACACAGAUGACGCUCUUUACUUUACUUACACUGCAGUCCAAGUUUGCUGGUGUACUUGAGUAUUAUUGUAGUGAAAUUGUGUUUUAAAGUCAUUGAAAAUGAGUGACUUUUUUUCCGUCAGUUAUGUUACAGCUUAAAAAAACAGAAUACUUUAUUUUACAUGCUACACUGGGCUUAUUACUAAACCCUGCGACACGCCGUAAUACAGAAAAUAGUCUGUUAUUCACUCGGCAGUCUUUAAACUUGCUUGAAUUGGAUUGAGGUUUACAAAAUAUAUUUAAGUUAACUGAUGCUUUCCAGUGCUUCUGUUAUAAAAUCUGAUGAAAAAAAAAAAGAAAAGAAAGAAGUUGUUUUGUGUGUGUGUGUGUGUGUGUGUGUGUGUGUGUGUGUGUGUGUGUGUGUGUGUGAAAAAGCUUCAUGGGUAAAAUUGUACAUAUAUAUUUACCUGAGAACAUAACUGAUCUCAUAGGUUCGAUGCAAUUUUUGGAAAGCCCUGUUAAAUGUGAGAUUUUAUCGUCUAAAAUGUCAGAGAAUUUUUGGACAGUAAUCUCACUGGGUAGCACUGAGAGGUUUUGAGAUCUUAGUGUGCAGUUAAAAUGGCAAGUUUUUCUUAUAGGUCUUCUUAUGGUUUUUUUUUUUGUUUUUUUGUCUUUUUUUUUAUUGAUGAAGUUGUAGUAGUAUCUAGCCGGACAGUGUCAAGCCCUGGGUUGGUAGUAAUUUUAUUUUUAAUUUUUUUUAAAGAUUAACUAGAAGAAAUUAGAUUUUACUUUUAUUUUAACAGUCUAUUUACAAUACAUUACCAUAAAUAAUAUAUAUAUAUAUAAUUUUUUUUUUUACUUAGAAAUUUUCACCUAAAGUUAAUGUUAGCUACCUCACCAACACAUCGUCCACGUCUCUUAGCUACAUUAGACAAAAUGCCGGCGUUUAGUUGUGUUGUAUAAUGUACAUCAUUAAGAGAUUAUAACGUAUCAUUACUGACAGAAGUGUAAAUAAUCUCAAACAUUUUUUUAUGUUAUAAACUUAAUUAAUUAAUUAAUUAAUGUUAGAAACAUGGAUUAUCACUGAAUAGUUUUCACACUUUCUUCAUUCUUUGUUGUUUAAUACUGCUGCGUUCGCUUACACUUCCAGCUUUGCAGAGGAUUCGUUUUUGAUUAUUGCGUUAUCGGGAAUUACUGCUGUUACUUUGGACAAUUUGGAGAAUCUGUAGGGAUAUUGUUAUCAUUUUUAAUAGGAUGGAGUAGAAGUGAAGUUCUAAAAUAUAAUAGAAAUGUAAAGUAAGAUGAUUUUGUAUUUUGUGGGGUUGGGUGGGGGUUGUAUUUGUGGUGUUGUUUUUUUUUUUUUUUUUUUUUUUUUUUUUUUUUUUUGUUUUUUUGUUUUUUAAAUCUAAAUUCAGUGUAGUGAGAUGACUACUUUCUACUUGCUUUGUUUUUUAAAGGACUCAACACUCUUCUGAGGCCAGUAUGACUUGGCAUUUACAUGCGUGUUACAGUUGUGUGUUCUGUUUAUAUUAGAAAACGUUUAGCUUAAAAUUAAACUAACAUUGAAGCCAAUCAGACUAAUGUAUUUUGCAUUUAUUCUUAAUGUAUUUAUUUAUUUGUAGGGACUUUGCCCUCUAAUAUUUUUUGUAUCUGCUUAGUGCACUAAUAUAUUUUGCUUUUUUGUCAUUUUGUUUUGUUCGGAAAUGUUUGAGAAACCUAUUUUAGUUUGUCUUUACUUUUUUUUUUAAACAUUCUUAUUUAGGAGUUUUGGAUUUACUUUAGGUCAUAGAGCUGCUGCUAAACUAUCUGCUGUACUUCAUUUGAAGUGAUUCUUGAUUUCUGAUAGAUGUUUGUCUUGCUAAAGUGUGAAUAAACUCUUCCCUGAGUCUGCCCUCAGGUCAGUAACAUCUCACUGUGUCAUAAAUCCCAAUAAAUACUGGCUCUGGAUGGUUCUGUUUCCAUAUUGCCAAGAUGUAAUUACAUAAUAUUGGUGUACCAUGGAACUAGGUAGCCAUUUUGAUCUGUUUUGGUAUUUUUCUGAAUAUUUCCUGCCUCCACACUUGGGGAAAAAAAUAUAUAUUAUGUACUCAAAUAACCAUUUACGGGGGGACCAAGUAUUUAACAAGUCAGAAACUCGUACGUCCAUCUAAAAUUAAGACUCUUAGUAUGGCAUGACCAAUCCUGCGAUCUUGUGCUGUCUUGCUGACAUCCCUGGAAGUACAUAUUAUAUAACGUACUUCUACGAGGGUUCACAUGCGGCUCCUGCAGAAAGAAAAAUGCACUUGAUUUUGUGAUUUCCUUAACCCCGCCCCUCACCUUCAUCAUUCUCUAUUUACAAAUUGUGCCAUGAAAGUUGAUACGGACUUGCGAGCGAGUAAUGUUAUGUGACAUUUCAGCAAAUCAUUGUGAAUUGGUAUCAAAACAAUGUAAAUUGGUAGUUUAGCGCACUUUUGUUGACUUCCAUACAGUCGUAUUAAUGGAAAGCGAAGUACUAUGGAAAUUCUUGGAGAUUCGAAGGAUGGAAUCAAUUUUGUGCUUUAUUCCUUUUUGGGGAAAAAAUAACCAAAUAUUUAAACAGUACAGAUUACUUAUGAAUAUUUCAGUCUGAUUCGCUUUGGUUAAUCUGUUGCUACAUAGCCUGGAUACCUAGCAAACCGGAUCAGGAACAAGCCAUGAUGACGAAAUUAUAUUUUCGUACUUAUGUCCAAGUUUGUUUGUUUAUUUGCUUAGUUUAUUUUUAUAGAUAUGAAAUACAAUUAGUGAGCUGGUUGUUUUAUGCCAUUUGUUCCUGCUUCAGCCUUGGGAACUGAAAACACUCCACGCACUUGAAGCGAAUACUUUUGCCUGGUGUAUAGUUGUGACUUGUUAAUCAUCUGGUUUGCUUGUUACCUAGGCUAUGUAGCAACGGAUGGAAGACUCUGCUGUUUUAAAACCUAAUUUAACCCUCGCAAAUCAGUUUUGAUUACUCCUUUCUGUGAAUAUUUGCAUUUUUUCCCCCCAAAAUAUUUUAUAAUUAUUAUUAUUUUAUAAUAAUUAUUUAUAUUUUAUUAUAAUUGUAUCAAAGCAUUUUGAGCAAAUUGUUCUUUCAAAAGCUACUCAAAUCUCCAAGAACAUCUUACUUCACGUUACAUUAAGAUGAUUGUAAGGAAGUUGACAAGAGUGUGCUACAUUAUUAAGACACUUGAAUACCCAGUUGAUUGUGUGGCAUUGAAGCAGGAGGUGAAAUCACAGUAAGACUCUCGUGUUUCCCUACCUACUGAACAGGAAUGUUUCAGUGUGCCAGAACUCAUCCUGUUGGAACUGCUGAUGAAAUAUUAUCCCCAAGCUCACACACACACACUGAGGUCAGGGCAGACUCUGGGUUUGAUCACACUCUGUCAGUUUGCGUCUAACACCAAUGUGCCGCUUGUAGUGUGUGAUCAGGCGUCGUGAUGCAGCUGAUCCAGCUGUGUUAAACUCAGUGAUGUUCCUGUCUGGAGUCUGUGUUCUUCUUACAGCUGAUCACAGAUCUGUGUUCUGUAAAAUGUUUUGCAAUGAAAGACAAAUCAGUUGUGUAUGAACAGAACCAUGAUGUCAGUGUGUCCUUUUCUUUGCCGUUCAUGCAAAAUGUCUUUUGAAUUCUUUGUCGUAUUUGAGAAAUAAAAAUUCAAAUCAUUCGCA